AUUCAGCUGCGCGGACACUGCCAAGCGAAAAUGUCUUUUUUCGUUGAUACUGUAAUUGCUCUAUUCUUUGCUAUUAUCUCUUAUAAUAAAAACUAUUUGUAACUCGUAAAGAUCUUCGCUUAGAAUGCAAUUUAUAUUCAGAACGAAUAAUAGCAGUUUUUUGCUGUGUUUCACACAAAUCAGAAAGUAUUUUCUUAUUUUCGUUUGUUACGUUAUUUUCGCAGGUCGAUGAUGCAGAGUGGAAUUCGUCGGAAAUAAAAAAUAAAAUAAAAGGUGGGGAUCUUUUCAAUGAUGAUGAUCCUACAGGAGAAGUAGGUGGUUGAAUUCGAAAAAUUUCCAAUUCUUUAAAAUUACUUUUUUUUACGAUUUUAGGGUUUGCGCUUGACAUUUCCUGAUAAUAGCAGGGAAUAUAAAGGUUAGUUUUUCUUGACAAUCAUAGCUUUUGAAUUGAAUGAAUGUCUGAAUUAUUUAAAGCUUAUGUUCUCUAUUGCUUAAAAUCUUCAAUUAAACAAAAAAAAACAAAUAACCAGCUACUAAUUGUUAAUAUGUGCUGCCCAGAUGUCGAUUUACACUGGGAAUCUUCUAAUUAUACUGAAAGCUCGGCUUUAACUCCCAAACCUGCUCUUUCUGCUAGAACACGCCCUAAUAAAGCAAUUACUACAUUAUCUGAUCAAUCUACUCACUCAAUGUCCUUGGCACAGUCGUCUCUCAUAGAAGCAGAGAAUAGAAAUAAAAAUCAAAAAUUAACUAUGGAAAGUAGAUUGAUGAGCCCUCCUCCAUCAAAAAUAUCCGAGACAAUUCUCAACAUGUUUAGUGGAAAAACAUAUUUACUAGAAACUUAUAGAUCGUUAAAUGAUAAGUUAGAAUUAAUAAGACAUGCAAUAAGAUCAAAGGAUUCAAAUAUAAUAACUGCAACAACGUUACACUUUAAAAAGACGGUCCUACGGGAAAUUUUUAUGAAACAUAUCGUUGAUUUAGAAUUCAAUGACGCUUUGAAUCACUAUAUAAGUUAUUUAAAGCAAAAGGAAAAAAGGGAAUUAAUAACUUUUUACGACGAGUUGGAAAAUCAUCAUCCAGACAGUGCAAGGGUUGCCGAGUUUCGCAACGAAAAGCAUAUAUUAGUCUAUCAGUUAAUGCAUAAAAAAGAAUACCCAGAAUACCGAAAUCCCGAUGCUCUCUCUAAGAUUUUCAAUCAUAAUCGGCAUUACAGAGACCUAUUCCAGAAUUAUCAGAGGUUUGGAGAGGAUUCUAGGAAAUUGCAUGAAAUUUAUCCCGAGAGACGUUCCUUCGCAAUUGAAAAAGACAGUGUUAUCGGUUUGUUACACUGGUUGUGCUUGAAUCAUUGGGAUGCAAAAAGAUAUGGACAGAAUACUUACGAUCACGAUUUCUUCCGAAAAAUUUAUAAUAUUAUAGACAAGCAUUACAUCAUGACAGCUGUUAGGGCUCUUGCUGAAAGGGGCCAAUUUGAAGUUAUAAAAAGCCUGUUUAUAAAAAAGUCAUUUCUUCGAGGAGAAAGAGUACUUUCGAAAUUGCAUGAUUGGGACAUUGCUAAUGUGUGCAUUAUGAUUAAAAUGAAUUGCCCACAAGUCACGGAGAGGGUUUUACAACCAUUUUUAGAAGCUGUAACUCCAGUUUCUAAUUUAUUAUAUAUUGCGGAGAGAUUACACUGUCCUGCAGUUAUCAUUAAGACUCUAGUCGAAAAGAAGAAAGAUUAUGAAGCCUUAAGAAGAUACUCUGCCACCCUCAGACAUGGUACACCAGAGAAGUUUUUAGCCAAACAAUAUUUGGAUAACUAUAAAACUGAAUUGUUACAAGUCCACGCUGACGAAUCACAGUGA